UCGGAUCUCAGAGAGAGCGUUCUCGUUAAUCCCUAGCUAUAGCUACUCUCUUGGAUCCACCCCCUCCGAAAACCCUAGAAGGAAGAGCCCCUCUCGUCGUACCCUAGCAUUUCGGAUCUCGGAUUCCCCCCCAUACUCAUGACUCCCUCCAAGGUCGCCGGUCAUACCCGGUUCUUGCUCCACAGCUUUCAUGAUUCCGAUGUCGACUCCAUCGCCCUCCAGCUUUCUCAGUUGGUUGAUUUUGGAGUCGAGACUAGCAUUCCAGUUCUCAAGACCUGCCUCGAUUGCUUCACCGUCCGGCGAAGCCAUCCUAAUUCGUUGCAGCUUGAGAAAGUUGUAUCCUUGGUCUUUAAACAUGUGCUCAAUUUGUCUAAUCUCGCCACCCUGCUUUCUCACGCCCUCAAGGAUGUUGAGCUCACUCAAGAUUCCGUCCAUGAUUUGACUACUUGUUUGAAUUUUUCUAUCUCUGAGAAAAUUGGCUUUGCUCUCGCCCUCACUGAUUUUGAAAGAUUAGAUGCAAAGACGGCUGGACGCAACCUACUAUUGGCUGAGAUUGAGCAACUCUCUGCCAAUACUGCCCAGAUUGAUUCAACUGAGCAAAUUCAGAAUGUUCUUUUGUUUCUCCACAAAUCUGAGGAUCUUUCCAUGCAUUUGGAUUCCUUCUUACAGUUUUUGUCUUCUGCUCAACCUAGAGAUGACUUCUCUUUUGCUCUUUCACCUAUGCUUUCUCAACAAGUUCAUGAAGCUCAUGUUUUCAGGAGCAUGGAUUUUCACAUUGAUUCUGCUGAAAACGAGUUUGAUGCUAUCUUAGCUGAAAUCGAUAAGGAAAUCAGUGUUGGAGAUCUCAUGGGAGAAUUAGGUUGUGGAUUCACUGCUGAUGCCCUACAGUGCAAAGAAAUCUUGUCUACUUUUGCUCCAUUAGGAGAGGCUACUAUCUCAAGAAUUCUUGGCAAUGUUUCUCGGACAUGUGCUGAUCUUGAAGAUAAUCACACCACCUUUCCAACAUUCACUUUAGCCCUUAGUUGCUGCAUCCCUACUGAACUUCCCACCCCAAGGUCGUGGAAUGUUGAUAUUCUAGUUGACACAAUCAAGCAGCUUGCUCCUGGCACAAGCUGGAGGAAAGUAAUUGAGAAUCUCGAUCAUGACGGAUUUGACAUCCCUAAUAUGGAGUCUUUCUCAUUUUUUAUGCGGCUCUAUAAAGCUGCUUGCAAGGAGCCAUUUCCUCUUGAUGCUGUAUGUGCUUCUGUCUGGAAAAAUAUGGAAGGUCAAUUAUCCUUUCUUAAGCAUGCAAUAUCUGCUCCACCAGAAGUAUUCACCUUUAUGCAUUCUCCAAGGAAGCUGGUAUAUAUUGAUAACAUGCACAGCCAUGAGCAACAGUUAGGACUAUCCAAUCAUGCAUGGCUGUCGCUCGAUCUCCUGAAUGUGCUUUGCCAAUUGGCCGAGAGAGGUCAUGCCGUUUUAGUUAGCUCGUUGCUCCAGUAUCCACUCACACAGUGUCCUAGAACCUUGCUUCUUGGAAUGACACACAUCAAAACUGCCUAUAACCUCAUACAGCGUGAAGUGGUUUCUGCUAUUCUUCCAGUGAUAAUAACGAAUUCCCAGGAUAGUGGUUUUAUCCUUAAUCUCUGGCAUCAGAAUGCAGAACUCGUUCUGUGGGGGAUUUUAGAUGCCCAAAAUCUUAAAGCAGACAGCUUGCUCCGAAUAAUUGAAAUCUGUCAUGAGCUAAAGAUUCUCUCUGUUGUCUUAGAAUCAGUUCCAGUCUCAUUCAGUAUCAAAUUGGCAGUCCUUGCCUCAUUGAGAGGUCUUUUGGACAUUGAGAACUGGUUGCCAAACUGCCUGUAUGUGUAUAAGGAUCUCUUUGCUGAGGAGUGUCUCAAAUUUGUCAAGAAUGUGCAUUUUAGCGAAUCAGACGAUUUUACUGCCAAAAGUUUUCAUCCUUCAGAUCCUUUAUCAGAUCUUCAUCUGGAUGCAACAACUUCCCUAAUGAAAGUUUUGAAAGCUCAUGAUAAUGCGAUUACUUCAUCUCAACUAGUCGAGGAGAUUGAAAAGGUCAAUGCAGCUAUUUUGGAUUGUAAUCCUAAACUGCAGAAUGGCGAGGCUAAAGAUUCAUCAACAUCAACUGCAUAUGGAGAUGAUGUUGAGGCAGAAGCAAACGCCUAUUUCCAUCAAAUGUUUUCUAGUCAGUUGAGUGUUGAUGCAAUGGUUCAAAUGCUUUCCCGAUACAAGGACUCUUUGGUUCAAAGGGAAAAAUUAAUUUUUGAAUGCAUGAUUGCUAAUCUGUUUGAAGAAUAUCGGUUUUUCCCCAAGUAUCCCGAGAGACAGCUGAAAAUAGCCUCCAUACUCUUUGGUUCUGUUAUAAAACACCAGCUUAUAAGUUCCCUCACUCUGGGGAUGGCCCUGCGUCUUGUGUUGGAUUCUUUGCGUAAACCUGCAGAUUCAAAAAUGUUUCUGUUUGGAAGCAAAGCUCUGGAACAGUUCGUGAAUCGUCUUGUUGAAUUGCCUCAAUACUGCAACCAUAUUUUGCAAAUAUCUCAUCUGCGUAGCACUCACCCUGAGUUAGUCACUGUUAUUGAACAAGCACUUUCAAGGAUAUCAUCUGGUAAUUUAGAAUCAGAUGCCUCUGUUUCGCACCCUGGGCCCUCACAGUCUAUCCCUGGAAAUGGCGAGUUGAGUGGUUCUGGAAUUGGCCAAUCAGCAUUACAGCUUCAACAGAAAAAUGAAGUGCAUAUUGAUGACCGCAGCAAAUUGCCAAAUGUGCUAUCUAACGAGGCAAAGCCACUUCUGCCAUCGUUAUCAACCACUUCCGCUGAUGUUUCUGUCAAUCCUAAGAAUCCUGGCAUUACAACUUCUUCAUCAACCUCCGCUGGUUUUGUUCGCCCAGCUCGUGCAGCCACUUCAACAAGGUUUGGCUCGGCUUUGAACAUAGAAACCUUGGUUGCAGCAGCAGAAAGAAGGGAAAACGCAAUCGAGGCUCCACCUUCAGAUGUUCAGGACAAAGUUUCUUUCAUAAUCAAUAAUAUCUCUACAGCAAACAUUGAAUCUAAAGGGAAAGAGUUUGCUGAAAUUUUGCCCCAACAGUAUUAUCCUUGGUUUGCACAGUACAUGGUUAUGAAAAGUGCGAUGUGUUUAAUACCUAAUAGAGCGAGCAUCGAGCCGAAUUUUCAUGAUCUGUACCUGAAGUUCUUGGACAAAGUUGAUUCCAAGCUGUUGUUUAAGGAGAUACUUCAAAAUACUUACGAAAAUUGCAAGGUUCUUUUGGGUUCAGAGCUCAUAAAGUCAAGUUCAGAAGAGCGAUCUCUGCUUAAAAAUUUAGGCAGUUGGCUUGGAAAGUUGACCAUUGGAAGGAAUUAUGUUUUAAGGGCGCGAGAAAUAGAUCCAAAAUCCUUGAUUGUGGAGGCCUAUGAAAAAGGGUUGAUGAUAGCGGUCAUUCCAUUCACUUCAAAGGUUCUGGAGCCAUGCCAAAACAGUAUUGCGUAUCAGCCUCCCAAUCCUUGGACGAUGGCUAUACUUGGGUUACUCGCUGAGAUCUAUUCAAUGCCAAACCUAAAAAUGAAUCUGAAGUUUGACAUAGAGGUUUUAUUCAAGAACCUUGGUGUUGAGGUUAAGGAAGUAGCGCCAACUUCCCUUCUAAAGGAUCGGAAGAGAGAAAUAGAUGGGAAUCCUGAUUUUAGUAACAAAGAUCUUGGAGUAACACAUAUAUCUCAGCCACAGAUGAUUCCAGAGCCUAAAACAAUUUCUCCUCUUAAGCAAAUUGAUCUACCUCUUGAUGUUGCAAAUUCACCUAAUACAGACGUUCCCUCGAAGUUAUUAUCACAGUAUGUAGCCCCACAACGUGUUUAUACUAAUACUUUGGUGGAUGACGAGAAAGUGGCAACUCUAGGCUUGCCUGAGCAGCUCCCGUCACCUCAAGGACUGUUCCAGUCAACUCCAUCUCCAUUGUUUUCUAUUAGUCAGCAGCUGUCAGCAGCACUUCCCAACAUUGGAAAUCAUGUUGUUAUCAAUCAGAAAUUAAGCGCAUUUGGUAUGCACUUUCCAUUUCAGAGAGUGGUACCACUUGCCAUGGACAGAGCUAUCAAGGAGAUUGUGUCUGGUAUUGUUCAGCGAAGUGUUUGUAUUGCAUGCCAAACAACAAAAGAGCUUGUGCUAAAGGAUUAUGCCCUGGAACCCGAUGAGUCACGUAUUUAUAAUGCUGCUCACUUGAUGGUUGCGAGUUUAGCUGGGAGUUUGGCUCAUGUGACUUGCAAGGAACCCCUGCGCACUUCAAUAUCCGGUCAUCUACGGAAUUCGCUCCAGGGUCUGAAUAUUUCAAAUGACGCUCUUGAACAAAUUGUGCAACUUGUCACAAAUGACAACCUUGAUUUGGGUUGUGCUGCUAUUGAACAGGCGGCUACAGAGAAGGCAAUACAAACAAUUGAUGCGGACAUUGCACAGCAAUUGUUGUUACGCAGAAAGCAUAGAGAUGGUGCUGGAUCCUCCUUUUUCGAUCCAAACAUUCUAUCACAAAAUUCCGUCAGUUUUAUACCUGAAUCCCUCCGUCCAAAACCUGGACACCUCUCCCUGUCUCAGCAGCGAGUUUAUGAGGACUUUGUUCAACAUCCUUGGCAGAAGCAGUCGACCCAAACGUCACAUGGUUUAUCUGCUGCAUCAAGCUCAUCUGGCGAUGUUGCGCUUGGUAGUGGGUAUGGUCCAGUAUCAGGAAAAGUUGCUUCUGAAUUUUUGUCUAGUGUUGGAAACGCUCGGAUGGACAUGGUCUCCCGGCCAACAGAUAUUUCUGUGGAUGGUUUUGAAUCUUCCCCAGUCUCACUUUUGAGCUCACAAGUUGAUCCAGCUGGUGACUCAUCCAGUCUUCAACUUUCUAAGUCACUACCAACCUCUGAAUUGAAUCUGGCUGAAUCCUCUGACGCUGCUACGAAAGAAACUGGAACAUCACUGCAGACAUUGACUUCUGCUACCAUGGAACGACUUGGUGGAAAUAAUAUUAUACAGCCUUCACUGUCCACGAGAGAUGCACUGGAUAAAUGUCAAAUUGUUACUCAGAAGAUGGAGGAAUUAGUGGCUAAUAAUGCAGGAGAUGACGAAAUCCAGGCCGUAGUUUCUGAAGUUCCUGAAAUCAUCCUCAGAUGUAUAAGCAGAGAUGAAGCCGCUUUUGCUGUCGCCCAAAAAGCUUUCAAGGCUCUUUAUGAGAAUGCAUCAAGUAACCUUCACGUCAGUGCUAACCUAGGAAUACUUGUUGCUAUUCGUGAUGUUUGCAAGCGUGUUGUUAAAGAGCUCACUAGUUGGGUUAUUUAUUCAGAGGAGGAGCGGAAGCUCAACAAAGAUAUUACUAUUGGUCUAAUCCAACGUGAGUUGCUUAGCCUAGCGGAGUACAAUGUCCACAUGGCGAAGCAUCUUGAUGGAGGGAGAAACAAGAGCGCAACUGACUUUGCUAUUUCUCUACUCCAAUCUUUGGUCACUGAGGAGUCGAGUGUCAUUUCAGAGCUCCACAGUCUUGUUGAUGCGCUGGCAAAGCUUGCCUCAAAAUCCGGAUCGCCUGAGUCAUUGCAACAGCUAAUUGACAUCAUACGAAAUCCAGUUACUAACACAGCUGGCCUCUCUGAUAGUUCAGCCGGAAAUGACAACAAUGAUAGGCAAAAGGAUGAAAAGGUUGCGUGCAAUAUCACCACUAACACAGAAGAGAAUACCAGCUUGGAUUAUGUGGAAUUAGAUCCUGCGGUUUUCCAGAAUCGGGUGUCCACGCUUUUUAAAAACUGGUAUCAAAUCUGCGAACUUCCUGGUGCAAAUGAAACCGCUUGUUCACAAUACGUCUUGCAUUUGCAUCAGACUGGACUACUUAAGGGAGAUGAUACAACAGAGAGUUUUUUCCGAAUUCUUCUGGAACUUUCUGUUGCUCAUUGUAUAUCUUCUGAAGAUAUUAAUUCUGGUGCUGUGCAAUCUCCUCAGCAACCUCAGAGUCCAUCAUUCCUUAUCAUUGAUAUGUAUGCAAAGCUUGUUUUUUCAAUAUUGAAGUAUUUCCCUGAGCAGGAGUCUAGCAGCAAGUUAUUUCUUCUUUCAGAGAUCAUGGCUGCCACAGUGAGAUUUAUUCACAAGGACGCAGAAGAUAAAAAGACAUCACUCAAUCCUAAACCAUAUUUCCGAUUGUUCAUCAACUGGCUACUGGACUUGUGUUCCCUGGAUCCUGGGACGGAUGGUGCAAACUUUCAGGUUCUCACAGCUUUUGCCAACGCCUUCCACGCGUUGCAGCCUCUUAAGAUACCUGCUUUCAGCUUUGCAUGGCUAGAGCUUGUCAGCCACAGAAGCUUCAUGCCCAAACUACUUACAGUAAAUGGCCAGAAGGGCUGGCCAUAUGUUCAACGCCUGCUGGUGGACUUGCUUCAGUUUCUUGAGCCAUUUUUAAGAAAUGCUGAACUCGGAGGACCAGUUCAUUUCCUAUACAAAGGGACAUUGAGAGUGUUACUGGUGCUGCUUCAUGACUUCCCAGAGUUCCUGUGUGAUUAUCAUUUUACUUUCUGUGAUGUGAUUCCUUCAAGUUGCAUACAAAUGCGGAAUAUUAUCCUCAGUUCUUUUCCGCGGAACAUGAGGCUUCCUGAUCCUUCUACCCCAAAUUUAAAGAUUGAUUUGUUGCCUGAGAUAGUAGAAGCUCCCUGUAUCCUUUCCGAGGUUGAUGCUGCGCUAAAGGCAAAGCAAAUGAAGAAUGAGGUGGAUGAGUAUCUUACGUCGAGGCAGCAAAAUUCAACUUUCCUAAGUGAGUUGAAGACAAAGUUACUUCUGUCGUCCAGCGAGGCUAGUUCAGCUGGAACCCGUUACAGUGUACCAUUGAUCAACUCGCUUGUGCUAUAUACUGGAAUGCAGGCUAUUCAGCAGCUUCAGGCCGGUGAGACACAGGCUCAAAAUGUUGUGGCCUUGCAGAUGUUCAAGUAUUUAAGUAUGGAACUUGAUACUGAAGGGCGGUACCUGUUCCUAAAUGCAAUAGCCAAUCAGCUUCGAUAUCCCAACAACCACACUCAUUACUUUUCUUUCAUCAUGCUCUAUCUGUUCUUCGAAUCUGACCAGGAGAUCAUACAGGAGCAAAUAACAAGAGUGCUGUUGGAACGGCUAAUUGUGAACAGGCCACAUCCAUGGGGACUUCUAAUCACAUUCAUUGAGCUAAUAAAGAAUCCAAGAUAUGGCUUCUGGAAACAAGCCUUCAUCAGAUGUGCGCCUGAGAUUGAGAAGCUCUUUGAAUCGGUAGCCAGAUCCUGUGGUGGCCUUAAGCCUGUCGACGAGGGAAUGGUCUCGGGAGGUUGGGUCUCAGACAAUUCUCAUUAGCUCUCUAGCUUUCAACUUGUAUAUGUAUGCGUAUUUUGACAUUAUGUUGUAACAAUAAUACAGUAGGGGGGAGAUUUUAGGAGUCUUAGUUUAUUUAUUUAUUUAGUAUAAUAGAUUCAAAAACAUGUUCCGAUAACUCCUGAAAGAAAGAAACAAAAUUAAAAGAUUGGUCCAAAUAGAGCUUUUCAAAUAAGUUUUCAUA